CAGCUAUCAAAAUAAAGAACUGAAGUCAAAUAAGGCAUAAAGUUUAUUAUAAGUGUAAAGAAGUUUAUGUUAUGAUACAAGGAAUAUGACGCCGGAAGAAAAGUUAUCAUUUUUUGAGACAGUAGGCAAAGAACAGGAAAAGUGUUUAGAAAGAAUUUCUAAGAUUAAGCCCAUUUUUGGAGAUAACUUAUUUUGUAAUGGCACAGCUGGAAGGAUGGGAGCAUGUUGGAACCACACAUUGGCUGGUGAAACAGCAGUUCAAUCAAGGAUCCUAGCAAUCAACAGCUACCGUAUAAGUUAUUACUGUACAGAAAAUGGAACAUGGGACAUCAAAGGGGAAAAUUAUACACACUUGAACGAAAUUAGCCUUGAGAGUCAAGGUUAUGUUUAUGUAUAUAUUGCUGGAAAUGCGUUGUCUUUACUGCUGCUCACAAUUGCAUUAUCCAUUUUCUUCGGAUUCAGACAGUUACGAUGUGGAAGGGUGCUGAUCCAUAAAAACCUCUUCCUAUCAUACGUAUUUACUGGUUUAACAUGGAUUCUUUACUACAAACUAGUCGUACUAGACGCAGAUAUUAUAGAUGCUAACCCGUGGUGGUGUCAAUUUCUGCACGUGUUAGCACAAUAUUUUAUGCAAUGUAACUUUGCCUGGAUGUUUUGCGAAGGACUUUACCUUCAUACAGUACUAAUUAGAGUAUUCAGCAACGGAAAAAUACUAACAUUUAUAUGUUAUGCAAUUGGAUGGGGAUACCCACUUAUUCCAACCAUUAUCUAUACUGUUCUUAGAAGUCGAACAGACAAAAGAUGUUGGCAUGCCGAAAGUAGUUUACAAUGGAUUAUGUAUGGUCCAAUAGUUGUUUCCAUUUGUAUCAACAUAAUGUUCCUUGUUAAUAUUGUUAGACUGCUGAUGACAAAGUUGCAGAAAAUUCCAGAAGCAUCACAAAGCAAGAAAGCAGCAAGAGCCACUUUGGUAUUACUUCCAUUACUAGGAUUACAGUAUCUUGUAUUACCAAUGAGACCAAGUGAAAGUUCUGGUUUAUCAGAUAUCUAUGUGUAUUCGGUGGCAGUUUUAACUUCACUGCAGGGUUCGUUCGUAUCCAUCAUGUAUUGCUUUUGUAAUAGUGAGAUCAUUGCGAUUUUGAAACGUAAAUGGGAUCAGCAUUGGUUGAUGUAUGGAAGCGGGCGCAGGAAACAUCGCUGUUCAUCUACACAUUAUACUGUUACAGAAAAUAUGGCUGACGAUUGUAACAAAAAGUUCACAGAUAAGCCAGAAAUGGUGCCACUGCAAGACACAGUUUGUGAUGUGUAGAGUAACGAGUAACAGAUAAAAGAAAUAUUCAGGGAAAACGGAAGUGCAAAACAGCAGCGAUAAACUGAAUGAAUAAUAGAAGUUUUUUUAUAUAUCGUUUUGUAGUCGGUUAUAAUAUAGUGUUUUGUAAUGCAAUUUUCCAAUGUUCUUUGAUGUACGGCAUUAUUCUUAAAAUUGUGUCUUAACAUUAUUUCUGUAUAUUACAGAAACUUUAAAAGUUUUGCAAUAUCUUUGGUGUCCUAUUUUUAUUAAAAACAGUUCUAAAUAUUAUCUUUGUAUACUAUGAGGUUUUUUUAAUUAUUGAUAAUGUAUAGGUAUGUAAAUCAAAAUAGGGUCGGGUUCAUGUCUCUUUGAUACAUUCCCCAUUUCCAUUCUCAAUUUUAGAAAUAUAUAUAACAACAUACAAUAAAAAUUGUGUACAUGAAACGUAGUUAACUUAAUAGUAUCUGUAUUCCAGAUUAUAAAAUCCAAAUUAAAAACUAUGCUAUGAAAAAUAUUACCAUCUCGAAGAAUUUUAAACUGUUGCUGAAACAUGCUUAAAGUACUUCAAACAUGUCGAUAUGCAACAAAGUCGUCUUGCACUCUGAUAUAGGUACUUGAUAUCCCAAGGCUGUACGUUUUUUUUUAGUUAUGUGUUUAAAGAAUUCAUAGUAUUAAGAUAUAUUGUUAUACUUACGUAUAGGAGCAACAUUUUUUUAUUUAGAAAAAAAUAAACCAUUUUUCCUGAAUACAAAAACACUGAGCAAACGCAAAAAUGAAAUAACAAAAAAAAAACGACUUCACUGCAAUUUCCAAUCGGAACAUCCUUUAACAAAUGGCAAAAUCAAAAGCUUAAGCCUCGGUCAUACUUUACCGGAUAGCGCAAACGGACGCCUAACGGAUAACUUUUUUUCAAUCCGUUCAAGUCCGUUAGACGUCCGUCCAUUUCCGUUGCAUGUCCGUUAAGCGUCUGUUUUUUUCCGUCGACGUCCGUUCUGUCCGGUGGAAAAUUUUGAGCAUGUUCAAAACUUUGAACGGACGUCUAACGGAUAAAAUGUCCGUUGAACGUCCGUUAGGUGUCCGUUUUGUACGGUUCUCGUCCGUUUCGUUUCCGUUUUGUAUCCGUUACGUGUCCGUUAUACAUCCGUUGGAGGUCUGGAAGAUAAAUUCACCCACGGACUUCUACCGGACGUUGAACGGAUAAAACGGAUAUUGAACGGAUGAGAAACGGACUUCCACCGGACGUCUAACGGAUAAAACGGAUGAUGAACGGAUCUGAAACGGAUAAAUGCCAAUUGAAAAUUUAGCGUCAGAAAUGACAAUUAUUGGUAUGUCAGAUUUCUUAAGGUUCAUGAAUUCUUAUUAAUCAUAAUCGAUCUUAGAGUAUAGGCACGUCGUCACAAUAAAGCAGUUCUUAUUCUAGCCAGACACUGCUCUAUGGCGGAAUUUUGAAGAACAAACCAAAACCAGUUACACAGAAACAUUAUGAAUAUUUAUGCGAUUAACAUGUAUUAUUAUUGUCGCCUUUGAUUUUUCCGUUCAUCCGAUUUAUCCGGUACGCUUCCGUUAGGUGUCCGUUUUAUUCGUUACUGGUCCGUUGGAUGUACAUUCGACAUCCGUUCUGUCCGGUACGUGUCCGUUUCUCGUACGUUGCAUAUCCGUUGUGUCUCCGUUAUGUAUCCGUUACACGUCCAUUUUAUUCUAUCAGUACAUCAACGGACUCCUAACGGAUAACAAUAUUGUCAACGGACAACUUUUGUUUUCAUCUGUUAGGCGUCCGUUCGUGCUAUCCAGCAAGGUGUGAUCGAAGCUUUAAAAACAUCAAACGAAUGGGAAAAUAUGCCUAUCAUGGUACAGGCAUUUCGAAAAUGGUGGAUAAGAUCUUGUUUUAUAUCUAGCUAAACCUUUUAUUCGUUUUCUAAUUUGCAAUUAGUACAAUUAACAGAUAAAAUCCACGUCGAGGAAAUAACUAGUUGGCUUAAACCGUUUAAUUUUAUAAAGUUCAGUAUAAUACAACAAUUAUAUCCUUCCUUUAAAGGUGAUAUUUGUUAUAUACAUAGUAGUGAAAAAAAUAGUAUUUUUAUAAAACAAUAAACAGCAAUUGUUAUAUAUCAGUCAUGCAUGAGGCGAUCGAUAUCAGUCAAUGUUACAAACGCUUUGUUUUUGCUUAAUCAUAUUAUGACUAUUGAACAGCUGCAUACUUCUGUUGCCGUUAUUUAUCAAACCCUAAUCUGUAUGGCGUCGUUAUGUCACAUGAAAUCCUCUUUUCUUGAAAUAAAUAAUAAUAAACUUUUUUAACAUUCAGCAAAUAUAUUCCCUCGAAUAGAAGUGUGGUUUAAAAGCUAUGUCACCUUGGUACAUGGGCAUCUUUUUCAAAUGAUGCUCUUCUGAAACUUUGUAGACUAUAAUAAAAUUUAUGAUUUUCA